UUGAAUUUGGCUUUCUUGGACUCUUCGAAAUGGGGCUAAUUAAUCUGCAUAUGAAUACGAAUGUAACUGGCAGAGACAGAUCUCUAAUUAUCGCCGGUGAUUAAAUGAAUUUAAUCAAAGUGUAGGGGCAUAGGCCUGCCCCUACACUUGGUUAAAACUGUGGUAUUGUCACUUAGAAGUAGAUAUUGAACGUAAUACAGAUUCAUUAUAAAAUGUAGUAUUGUGCAACACUGUUCUUAAAUAGCCGAAAUGGUUGUACUUCAGUCAGGCUCACAGGGCAUCACACUUCGUAGAAAUUAGCCCCGCGAACUUUUCUGGCAUACUCAACUUAGCCAUGCCUGGCCACUUAACAGACUUUAACACUGCAACCGAUUCACUAUUUAGCUCAACUGAGGCUAUUACUAUUCUGUGUAAUUAUAUGAUUAUUUUUUUCAAUCGGCUGUAAUAUUUCAUUGUGACUUGUUAGUCGUUCGGAUGGCCUAUAAAUGUCGGCUGUAUGGAGAACGUUGUGUGUAGCAGAAGAUAUUCUCUAAUAACCAUUGUAUAUAUAAAGUUAGAUAGCUCUUCCGAGACAUCUCGAUCGAGGCACUAUGGUGAUAGUUUCAGUUGUCGACUACAUUGCGUCUACGAUAGAUAAUGAGGCAAAAAUGAUCAUUCAGUAUUCAGUAUCAUUGCAUUCAAGUUAAGACUAUGUGAGAAACUUGUUUUAUCAUCUAUCGUAUCAACAACUUUCAGCAUUCUCCCGUCCAGCAUAUUAUCUCAAAUUGCCAAGCUCGAUCCGAGAAAGUGUUUCAAGUCAUCAAUAUUCGCUGACAGUGAAAUACGUAAGAACAAGCAGAAGCUUACUAAUUCACUUCGUAGUCAUAGUAAAAUUUCGUUCCCACUCUGCCACCCGCUGCCAGCCAAUUUGAGGGUGGAAGGGUGGUGUAUUGGACCAAAGAGACUUAAGCGUUUUUUGUCAGAUUUCAUCUGUCUGUUGGGCUUGGGCCUAACAUAGAGCAGCUCUGCGGUUGAUACGAUUGAGGCUGAAGUUCUGAUGCGGAGUCAUCACUACCAGGCAGCCGGCAGUCGUCCAAUCAUGGAAGCAGACGCGACUUCAGCGACGACGCUGUAGAGCUGUGUGCGAGCCCUUUCCCGCGGUUUAAACGCUGGGAAGCGCGGCAUGCCCGGCGUCGCCGAGGAGCACCCGGCCGCAGGGGAAGGCAUGCUGUCAGUAGUCGCGGAACCGCGCUGAAUUUGCUGACGGCUUCACACCAUAGGGACAAAAAAGGGAACAAAUACUGUUCCUUGAGCCAAAACACCCCACUGAAGCCCGAAACUUUCCCCAUAUAGUGGGAACACGAAUGAUACAGAUGUGAGUACAAUAUAACGAAACAGUAUAAAAUUACGAUCGGAUCGUUUAUAGUACGCGCUGAAUAGACUGUUGGCUACAUUAUGCAUCGUGCGAAACGAAACUUGCAGUUAGGUACUCGUACGCAUUGUCAUCCAUAGCAUGGACGUGAUGUGAACUAAGUGAUAAUGAGGGCCUGUAGUGAUAAGGAAGACUUGUGAGUGAUCUGUGAAAGCGUAUGAAGUCUCUCAAAGAGCGAAGCAUUUAUCUCACGGAUCUUCACUUUGGAUACGACCGAUAAAAACAGAGUCCAGCUGACAGAAAGGACCCAACGUGCCCGGGUUAAUUCAUUUAAAGCGAGAGGCCACAUCCGUGGAUUUGCUAUCGUCUAUUUGGACCUGUGUGAAGCUCAGUGCAGUGUUAUUACUGGAUCCUCCGUUAGCUCAGCUCAUUAACAGUAAUUUGAAAGUACUUGUGUUCUGAUAGGCCCAUGUAUCGGACCAACUCCAGCAUAAAGUUUCUUCAAAAAAGUUCGCAUAUCGCUGCCCGCGAAUCGUACAACACCGGGUUCAACAAAACCCACUAUUUUGUCUCUGUUCUGACCCAAUCGGAACCAUGCUUCACGCUUAUUAGUGACCAGCGUUCGCCUGUUGUCUGCAGGGAUCCUGAGAGCAUCAACAAAGAUGCGCCCGCAGCAUACGUUGUUCUCCGCGACGCUUAUCGUCGCCCUUUGUGUUCCAAGCUACACUCUUGAGGUACGAGUUCCAAGAGUCACCAAGCCCGAGUCGAAGCUGGAAGUAAUUGCAAAAAAUACGACAAUUUCGCGGUCCGAAUCUCCGCCCGAAGGAACAGAAUUUGAAAGCAGUACUUCAGAGGCGACCAAACAAAGCAAUAUCACAACACUGCCACCAGCUCAAUUAAAUGUGGCCACAAUAAUGUCUGCUGGAUCUGCCUCAACCCAAAACAAUAUUCAGACAGAGACUGCGGCGACGUUUCCUCUUACGUCUAAGCCAGCUAUUUCUCUCGUGCUUGACGUGACCAAACGUGAUAUCGGCAUUUCUGUGACGGAACUUCCGCAGACGACCUCGUCACGACUGUUCAAGACGACCGUCGAGUCGGUGGUAUUCAACGUGAAUGACUUCAACUUUGGACUGAAGUGCGGCCGCAGGCCGCUUCAUCAGAAAACCCGAAACCGCAUCAAACGUAUUGUGGGAGGUUCGUCAGCUACCGAGGGCGAAUGGCCCUGGCAGGUAAUUGUGAAGGAAGUGAAAUAUUUAGGGACAAUCGCGGAUUAUAAAUGCGGCGGCGUUCUCAUCUCAGAACGGCACGCGCUUACGGCUGCCCAUUGUAAACCCCGUGCUUUUCUGUCAACGCUUGUCGCAAUACUUGGACAGCAUAGACUGCACGAAAAGCAGGACCUUCAGACAAUACCCGUGACACGAAUGAUUGUGCAUAAGAACUUCAACGAAGCCGACUUUGAUAAUGACCUUGCCGUCCUCGAACUCAAAUUUCCGGUAGACUUCAGCGACAAAGUUGUGCCCAUCUGCCUCCCUGAUCUCGAUGAAAACUUCGUGGGUCAGAACGGCUUUGUGACUGGAUGGGGAAAGUUGGCUCACAAAGGAGGCCUACCCAAAAUUUUACAGAACGUCAAGUUACCUAUAAUUUCUCGAGAAAAAUGCCAACAAAUGUUUAUGAAAAGUGGACACGUUAAGAAGAUUCACGAAUAUUUUCUCUGCGCAGGAUACGAUGAGGGAAAGUUAGAUGCGUGCGAGGGAGAUUCAGGUGGCCCUUUGUCAGUUCAAAGGCCCAACGGACAAUGGGUCUUAGCUGGAACUGUCUCGCAUGGCAUUCGCUGCGCCGAGCCCAAUCUUCCUGGAGUCUACAUGAACAUUUCAUACUAUCGACCGUGGAUUGAACGAAUGAUGGCUUUGCCACGAAUGCUGAGGUCGCCGCAAGAGUCUGAUCAAAGAUGGUUUCGUCCGCUCUGGAGUGUGGUGGACUUCUAUAAAAAGCGAAAGGCUGCUAUCGCGUAUAUCUCAAAAUAGACCUUCUGCAGGACGCGUGUACAACAAGGCCCGUACGUCAAAUGGAGACAAUACAGCUAGCAGUAAACGCAGAAGUGAUCACCUGACACCUUGUUGUCGAGUUCACAGUUGUUGAUUGCUAUUCCCAUAUACCAUCGAGACAGAAGAUCGAUAUCUGUAACCCUCGCCAGAACCGCGUGCAGCCUCCCGACCAACGAUACUUGCACGUUAUAUGAGCGUUUGCGUAAUUAGCGUUUCUUACGUUUUGAAAAAGUGCGCGCAAAGAUCCACUUUGCGAAGAUGGUUUAUUGAAUGGAACUGAAAAACCGGCUUGGAUAGAUAAGCUCAUGACAGACUUGAAACGUGCAAUUGUAACGCAAAAGCGUACCUCUGUUGUAACAUUAUUCCGAAGCGACCGAUUUGCUCUUCUAUUAGAACGAUACUGGUGCGCUAACAGAAAAGCUAGAUCAAAGAGUGAUUGCGAUGAAGAUUAUAUCUAUAUCGAGGCAACGAGAUAGUAUUUGUAAACAAGGUCUACACCCCGUUGUUCAAGAAAUAACUCUAGAUGGAUGCAAUAGGUCAUUUUCCUCUGCACUAACUUGAUAACACUUGUAGCGUGUGUACUCUGUAUCACCUAGUGAUCGUCAUUAUGAGAUACUGUGUAAACACUUUUGUAGAUUACCUGUUAUCAGCGGAAUCAAUCAAACGCUAUGAGUGCUAUAAUCAGCUACAAAAGAAGUUAGGCUUUAACUUUCCAACGCUCCAUUGUUUAGCACAUAUCGUGAUUGUCUAUUUUGGCGUGAUUGGUAAACCUCAAUCCAUAUGUCGAUUUAAAACAAGCAAACUGCUUUGUAGCAUUACGAUGUGUUACUCUCUAGUGAGUAUCCAUAUACUCCCAAUAUCACGAUCUCGCCUAUUUAGUCUAAUUCAGCAGCAAAACACUUACCAUUAUUUCAAUUCACUAGCGGGUGUUAUAAUUACGCAUACACGUAAGUGCAUAUUUAUAGUUUAUCUAUUAUUUGUGUUGUUGAAUAUCGUUAAUUAUAAUAAUUACAGUAGCAAUGUUGGUUAAAUAUAGUUUCAGUGGUUCUUGUGUGAUGCAGCCUAAUCAGGAUUGGCUCUGUAAUGUGGAAAAGAAACGCUAAUUCCUACGAAAGUUUAUAGCUUACGCAAUAUUGUGCUUAGGUAUACAUAUAACAAAUGUUAAUAUAUUGCAGUACAGUAUAAUUAAAAUAUCUAAGCCAGAAAGCUAA